UAUAAAUUACAACCUGGGGGAAGAUACCACCAGUCCGGUCCCUUACACGCCUUUCUUGUGACGUAUUUUGCGCGGCCAUAAAAUGGUGACCUAUUGUGACGUAACCAAGCAUCAAUUCGCUACAUGAACUGUGUUCAGCUUUGAUAUCAACAGUACAAUCUCUUUAUUCAAUCAGCUUGUUUCAGCUAAUCUUUUGCCUCAUAGUCUGCCCUAGCUGACGCUGUGCAGAGAAUACUACGAUUGGAAACGGUUGGUUAGACCCGUUCGCACUGCACAAGGUGAUUUGGAGUUUAGAAUGUCUGGUAGGCUCUUACAUUCUUUGGGGAGGUCCCAAAUGGCACCCUGUAGUGUAGUACUUUUGACCUGUGUCCAGUGGGCUCAGAUCAAAAUAAGUGCACAAGUCAAAGUAAGUGCGCUAUAUAGGGAAUGGCGUGCCAUUUGUCUGUGUGUGUGUGUGUGUUAGGAUAUGUUUUGUGCCAAUCAAUUGAUGAAAAUGUAUCCCUCAGAAAACAAGAUGGAUCGUAGUGAUGAGAGAAUCAGAAGAGCUUUAAGGCGCCGCCCUUAUGUGUUGAAUCCAGUGAGGGUGAACUCCCCUGAUUCUGUGAUGUGGCCAACCGGUAAGGUGCACAGAAGACCAAGGCCUUCUGGAAGGGUGACUCGGCUGAUGGAGAGAAAUUAUGAUGGGGUGAUCUCAUCCUCCAACUCUGAUGACAUCUCUAUCUACUCCUUCACUGACUGUGAAUCUGAGAUUAUUGUGGCCAAGCCCAACAUCCUUCUCCCUGCCUCUGUGAGUGCCCUGAAGAAGGCAUCACGCCUGAUGGAGUUGGUCCCUACUGUCCGGCCCUGCAGGGAGCAGCUGGACAAGAAGACACAGUGGACCAACACCAACGAGGAGAGCCUGAGGAGGAUUAAAAAAAAACUGGCCUCCAUAGAGCUCGACCUGGAGGAAGGCCUGAACAAGGUCAACGACGGUCAGGACAUCAACCAAGAGAGGCAGAAGAAUGAGGGAUGCUUCAGAGCCUGGAUUGAGAAGUGGAUGGGGAAGAGGAAGAGGAAGGAGGAAAGACUGAGGGAUGAAGAUGUGAAUAGGGAAGAUAAAGGGAGGAUGGGCGAGGAAGUGAGGGCACUGAUCCAAGUGAUGAAGAGAAACUGCAGUGAAAGUGAUCUUGAGGCAGUAAACCUGGACAGUUGGCUGAAUGACUUGGAAAGGUUGAAAGUGGCCUUCAAGAAAUGCACUGGAGAGAUGGCCGAAAUGAGCCCAGGGAAAGUCUCUGGUCCUGUGUCUGGCCUCUCUCCUCUUGUGACCUCAGCACCCCGGACCCUGGCUGAAGCCCUACAAGCCCUGCCCUCUGCUGUGGCCCGUCCCUCCCAAAAGGAUGUCCCAAAGCCUCCGACACCUCCAAGCCCUGUCUCUGUCAUUGUUGCUUCGCCUGCUGUGGAGUACUUACCAUACCACCGCAGCCCUCGCCUGGCCCCAAUCACCAACCUGAGUGAGAACGGCAGGAAGCUGCUCCAGAAAAUGUCAGGAGUGACGCCACAGGAAAGGAAGGUCAAAAGGAAAAAGACCAAGGGAAAAAAGCAAGUGAAGAAAGAGAAGGCCAGUAAGAUGCAGCAGGUGGAAAAUGUUGGAGAAACUAAGGAGGACAAGAAAGAUGAAAAGAAGAGUCUGAGGAAGAGGUUUCUCCAGUGGCUGCUGCCCAAACUGAGAUGUUCGAAGAAAUAAUGGCCAACUACUACUACAACACACACACACACACACACACACACACACACACAUACUAUUGAUAUUGGUCUCAUUGUUAUAUUUUGAGAUAUGCACCAUUCUUAAAAAAAUAAAAAAGACCCAAUAAUUAUAUUGGUUCCCAUACAGCCUACUAGGGUAGCGUAUGAUAAUGGGUUGGAUUUACAUAGCGUGUAGUUAUCAGGCUUGAAAAUAUAGCCAGGAGAUGCAGGGUCAACACCCCUACUCAUGUCAUAAGUGCCAUGAGAUGUUUAGUGACCACAGAGAGAUAGGACCUCUGUGUGCACAGUCUCAUCCGAAGGACAGCACCGGCCGCAGGGCAGUGUCUGGCAUUGGGGUCUUAGGUCUUCUUUGGCCAAAGGGAAGUGAAGAGGGCCAGUAUGAGAGAGCACAAACUUUCUUAGCAGAUAAUGAUAACAUGACAACAGUAGCUGUAGAUGAUGUAAUGAAAAGUUGGAGGGUGGUUGGUAAUGGAGAACAUCGGGUGGAUCCACGUCUGGGUGUUGGGCAGGACCCUUAGCUCCUGGAGAACAGGAGUAGAGUUAAAGGGAACAGGGUAGGCGACAGAGACGUAAACACUCCGGUAGCUCUCCUUCUGUUUCUCCUGCGCCUUGUCCAUGUUCUGUCUCACCUUGAUUGAUGACAGGAAUACAUGCAAUUAUAUUUCAUAUUACAAAUAUAUUUCUUACAUAUCUCUUGGAGGGACAGAAAAUACAUUAACAGAGGACAAUCAUUUUUACCUGGUCAAAAACCUCCACGUCCUUCUCAGUCUGUGCUUGAAGAUAGUACUCAAAGGCGUUCUGAUCUGGUUCGACAACUUCCACCACAUCAGGUGGGGUUUCAGUGAUCUGAAAGCACGUUAUGCAAAAAUAGCAAUAGACAAACACUAAGUCAAUCCCAAUUUUGAAAGACUACAGUAUAUGCAAUAAUUGUAUAUACAAUUGCAUUGUUUACCUCAGUCAACAGCUGCGGCUCCCGUCCAUACUCAGCCUGGAUGCUGCUGUUGUGUGCAAAGAGAAUUACCUUCAGGUUGUUCUCCCACCCUUCCUGAUACCAAUCAAGGGACUUGCCCAUGGCUGUCUUGAGGGUCUGGUUGGUCCAUUUACUAAGGGUUUUGAAAAACGUUGUUUUAAUCUAGGUUGUAUAAAUCAAGAGUACCAAGAGAUUUGUCGACUGUAUGGGUAAAAAAACACAAAG